GGCCUUAUGUGUGUGUGUGGGUGGUCGGGGCUUCCUCCAGGGAGGGGCCGCGUCGCAGGUGUGGACUGGGGAUGAUCAUUCAAGGAUUGUUCUCGGGCUGGAGAAGUGCCAGGCAGACGAAGGGGAGCAGGUUUCAAUGGUCUGGGGUUGGAGAGCGGAGGGGAGCGUUUUUUGUACAGCGGCGCCUGCAGUUCAGUCUUUGAAAACGGUAGAUUUUAAUGUGCUGCGUAUUUAGCCUCCGGAACUGGAGUGGGCUUAAUGCGGGGUCCCGGAAACCCGAUAGCAGGAGGAGGUUUGGCCCAUGCUACUCCUAGCACUCACCCACCAGGUCUCUCCAAGCCUGGACCCUAGGGGCUGCCUCUUGCAUCUGAAGACAUCAGAAUGAAGACUUGGACCAUGGAUUCCCCGAGCCCCAGGGAGCUGGGCUUCUCUACCCAGACUGGUGGUGAUUCUAGGAUGGGCCGGGGUAGCAAGGGUUUAACAGCUGUGAAGUUUCCCGGGGCUCCCCUUAGCUCUCCUUUAGGAGCAGCCAUCCUUGGGGACUGUUGCGAAAGGGAAGACUUCGGGGCUGGGCGGAAGCUGGUCUCCCGGUCCUGCCUUCCCUCGGUUGAUACUCCGGGCAAGGGGCACACCCCCGGCCUGGACCGAGCUCUCCUCUCGGCACUCAGCAUGAUCAUCAUGAGCUGCCUCUUCCUCCUGAAUGCACUUCUUGCUCUUGGGUCCCUGACACCCUGGGUGACUGCAGGAGAGCAUGUGAAAGAAGGAGAAUGCCCUCCUGAUAAGAACCCGUGCAAAGAUCUGUGCCAGGGGGAUGAAUCGUGUCCAGCUGGACAGAAGUGCUGCUGCACAGGCUGUGGUCGAGUCUGCCAAGGAGACAUUCCUAAGGGGAGGAAGGGAGAUUGUCCCAAGGUUGUUCGGAAACAAUCCUGUUUUAAAAGGUGCGUCACUGAUGAGACAUGUCCAGGCGUAAAGAAAUGCUGCCCGUUUGGCUGUGACAAGAGCUGUGUAGUUCCAAUCUCCAAACCAAAGCUGGAGUUUGGUGGUGAAUGUCCUGCUGACCCCCUUCCGUGUGAGGAGCUGUGUGAUGGGGACGCAUCCUGUCCUCCAGAGCACAAAUGCUGCAGCACUGGCUGUGGCCACAUCUGCCGUGGAGACAUUAAGGGAGGGCGGAGCGGUGAGUGUCCACACAUUUUGGUGGGCCUGUGCAUUGUCAGCUGCAUAUCAGAUGAGGACUGUGGAGCCGGGGGUAAGUGCUGUAAGUCAGGCUGUGGCCGCUUCUGUGUCCCGCCAGUUCUGCCAACCCCACUGGACGUGAACCCCAACUGCACCAUCAGGUCUGAUUCUGAAUUAGAGGCCCCGGUGCCCUAGCUGUCCCAAUUUGUCCAGGGCUUCUUUGGUGACUCCCAAGUGGCUUGUCCGGGCAGCCAGGAGAGGAUGGUGUCCUGGGCUUGUGACCCUCCCAGGGGCUCUCGCUGCCCUCUCUGCUCCGCUUCUGUUCCUACUGCUGCCCAAGCAUAGGAAACAGCUCUGGGGUUGGGCAGUGGAUGUGUGGUGCUUCCUGUCCCCAAUAAAAGCUG